GGAGGGACUUCCUGUCUCGUGUGUCAUAGUGCCUCCAAAGUUAGGCUUGGCACCGAGGGCCUAUGUGUCAAGCGGUGUGUCGGCGGGUAUGGCCGCAAAUUAACACGGGACUAGUGUAAAGAUACUCUCCCAUUCCUUCUUGCAGUUACCCUCGCUCAUCCCCCACCGCACCUCCGAAAGGCCUUGGCCUCCUAAGCGCCCAAGCGAGUGUCUGUCGACAGGUUCGGAGAGAGUCAUGGAAGCGCGGCCGCCGGCCCCACGGAGCUUCCUCUGCAGGACGCUGAGUCCUUUCCCUCGGGUGUUUGCUGCCGAAGCUGUGGCCGCCGAUCCCAAGGCUCUUGUAGAGGACCAGGAACUGUCUUCCUUCGUCUCAGAACCCCAAUACCCGGAAUCCGGAUGGGACCGCCUCCGGGAGCUGUUUGUCAAAGAUGAACAGCAGAGAACUUCAAAAGAGCUUCAGGAUAUUUACAAGGCAGCAGCUUCAGCAGGCAUCAUCGGCUGGGCAUAUGGGGGAAUACCAGCAUUUAUUCAUGCUAAACAGCGCUACAUUGAGCAGAGCCAAGCAGAAGUUUACCACAACCAGCUUGAUGCUGUGCAAUCUGCCCAUCGUGCUGCUACACGAGGCUUCAUCCGGUAUGGCUGGCGCUGGAGUUGGAGAACGGCCAUGUUUGUGACUAUAUUCAAUACAGUGAACACUGGUCUCAACGUUUACCGAAAUAAAAAUGCCUUAAGCCAUUUUGUCAUUGCAGGAGCUGUCACAGGAAGUCUUUUUAGAAUAAACUUAGGCCUGCAUGGCCUAGUAGCUGGUGGCAUAAUUGGAGCCUUGCUGGGCACUCCUAUAGGAAGCCUGUUGAUGGCACUUCAGAUGUACUGCGGUGAAACAGUUCAGGAGAGAAAACAGAAGGAUCAAAAAGCAUUCCAGGAGCUGAAACUGGAAGAACGGAAAGCCAGACUACAAUUUACUGAGCUCCUCCCUGAAGAAAUUGAAAGUAAUAUACAGAAAGAUCGAUCCAAGGAUGACGCUCAGAAAAUUGAAGCACUGCUAAAUCUUCCUAGAAACCCUUCAUCAGCAGAUAAACAAGACAAAGACUAAACAUGCUCUGGACUUGAAACUCAGUGGAGAGCUGAAGAGAGCUAUGUCACCGUCUGUAGCAUGCCAGUUGCUUGGGCUGCUGACACGUGUAAGCACUGGCAUCUGUAGUGGCACAGUGACUUGCUCUUGCUUUUUUGUAACCAAAAAUUGGGCUCUUGUACUCUUAGUUUACUCUUCCUUAGAUUUAAGUACAUACUUGUAUCUGCAUUGAUUGAUCAAUAUAGAUUUCCUUUCUCCAGAUUUUACAGUAGUAAAUUAAGAUUUCCAAAAAGAUUAAAGUUGAAUUCUACAGGUUGUAAAUUUAUUCUUGUAGCCCUUUAAAAGAGUACUGUACUGAUCCCUAGGAGAAGGAGAAGAAAGAACCAGGUAAGGCAGAUGAUCUGCGAAACCCCUGUACCCUCGAGUCCUAGAAACAGUAAAGACCUAAAUGUGUAGUUGCGUUUGAUUUUGUUUUAAUACAAAUCAGCGAUGGUUUCUAUGCCAUUUGAAAUAAAAUAAAACUUAACAAAAAGGAAGUAGAUAAGAAUUAUUAAAGAAACAGCCCGACCUUGUUCUCUCACUCAGUAAUGCUGACAAGUAUGUCUGUAUACAAGAGCUGCUCAGAAUACACUGUCUCUAUGCUCCUGGAGCUUGCUGCCUGAGAAAGAAGCUGUCCUGCAGAGUGUAACUUUUAUUAAAUGAGAGGGCAGAAUGAUUGAACCAAGUGUACUGAAAUGAGGAAACUGCUAGUGCUUUGUUUUGGGGUUAGACCUCUUAGUUCCUACUCUAACAACACUGUUGUUCCCAUGAGCAGUGUUUGUGAAGCAGCCUAGAGUAGUGGCUAAAGCUGUGGGCUCUAGAGGCAGACCACAGGCUUGGAAUCUCAGCCCUGAGGCUUCCAUGUGACUUACAGCCAAGCCAGUUUACUUUAGGUCUCAAGUUUUCUCAUCUGUUAAACAGUAUGUAUCUCAGAAUAGAUACUAAAUGAAAUGAUGUGUGUAAGACAUAGCACAAUACUGUGGCACACAGGACAUUGUCUAACAACAGAUAUUAGCAGUUAAAAGGAUAUGAGAACCUCUGCACCAGCAUAAUCAUCCCAUUCAUAAAUUGCUGACAAAUUGGCAGUUUAUUGUUUUAUGCAUGCCCAUGUAUAGAUUAAAUCUUUCAAAUGGAAAUUAUAAAAUUAGAUGGUUGGUUUUAAAAUAAUUUUAUUAAUAAAGUAAAAUAUAACUCCUUUAACACAUUUAUUAAAUGUAAUAAGCAAUAAUUUACUAUAAUUUAUUUAAAGUACAAAUAAGCUGUCUCUUAGGUUUGUACUGGCUAUUACUUUUUUUUAAUCAUGUCCAAGGAUUAUGACUCUUAAUGAAGCAAUUCCUGGGCUUUUUUUUGUUGUUGUUAUUGUUUAUCUUCUUUAAAUUCUUGUAAGGCUACUACCUUUAUUUUCUUUUAUAAUUUUGUUCUGUAAGCAACCAUUUAAAAGUGUACCCCUGUUCCUCAGACUGUAUAGAAUAAUCUGAUCUUUAAAGCUACUGAAAUGAAACACUUUAAAUCCUG